AUGGAUUCCGAAUCUGCCAUGACGGCAGCUCUCAUCGAUCCGCAGCUCGAGCUGACGGUUCAGGGUACCACCGCCGAAGGCAUGCAGUACUAUCAAGCCCUUUCAACUUCAACAGCAUUUGAACUGUGGAACUUCAUGUUCGAAUCAAUAGGAGAGUUGCCGCAACCUGCACAAGACAUGGGGUUGAUGGGGUCGGACUUGCACAGCGAUGAAACGUCUUCCCUGUCCCUUUCCCUCAGCACCGAGCAGGAUAUGCAAUUUCCACUGUCCCCACUGGAUGGCUCUGCCAACUUCGAUGAGUCACCUGGAGGUACAUCUAUGUCCCCGGGACUCUCCGAGGCUGGCACCCUGAGCACAGAUCAGAAGACGCCAAAGGCGAAAGAGGCCAAAAAGGCACGCCGGCGUCGCAGCGAAACGGAAAAAAAGGAACAGAUUAAGCAACGGAAUAGGGUGGCCGCGUCAAAGUGCCGGCGAAAGAAGAAAGCAACGGUGGACGAGCUCAAAGAGAUGAAGUCGAGCUUGGAGGCGCGCAACAAAACUUCAUAUGGAGUACCAGCAACUUCGCCAGGAGAUUGGCCGGGUCAAGAGCGACCUGAUAUACCACAACGAGUGCAAUGA